AUGGUAUUGCCAGGUCAAAAUAUCAAAAUACGUCCCAAACGGAAGCCAGGAAAACGAAAAGCCAAAUCGGACAUUGCUCAAAGACGAGCUAUGCUUGAAGCCCAAGAGGAUCGAGCAGCUACAUCAAUCAUUGAAGGCUUAAUGCUUGAUGUCGAACCUACCAAUCAUGAACUCAAUCAUGACAUUGACGAUGGUGCUCCUCAAGAUCUGUACAGAGACCUUGAUCAGUCCAACUUUGGAGUCAAUCCUUUUUCAGAAGAUGACGACAGUGAAUAUGAUGGAAGAAUGUUUAAUGAAGCAGAGUCUUACGAGGAACGGACCCUUCGGGAGCAGAAGCAGUGGCAAGAGAAGACGUUUCAAUGGGGUCACACGGAUCUAUGGGACUAUGACUGGAAGGAACCCUGCCAUUGCACAGGUACUAUGGUUCGAACUCCGAAGAAAAUUGUGGUCUUUGAUAUCUUGUAUCGAAAGCAGAUCCUGGUGAAUUUCUGUGCAUGUCAGUCGGAUGCUGUGCGGCUGGUGAAGAUGGGCUUGAUUGGGGGAACAGCAAAAUAUCCUUGCACUGCUUUCUCAAUUAGACUUAUUCGGUUCUAUCAGUUAUUAUGGAAAUGGUGUAGUAAUACAAUUGCGCCAUUCGGCCAGGCAGUCGACGAGUUUUUGGAUGCGUUUAAUACCUUGAUCCUUGUUCCGAGUGGAAACCAACCUCGCGAGUGGCGGAAGCUUUUCUCCUGUGCAGUUGAUGUCUAUCGUGAGAUGAUCCGGCGAGAAGCUGAACUGGAGACUCUGGCUCUCAAGCUUUCUGCAAUCGAAAAACUUGCAUCAAAUUUUCCUCGCUGUUUUGGCCCUGCAGUCCAAGGUAAACGCCCAGCUGAGCCCGAUGUCAUAGUUUCACUGGAUGGAAACUUUCAACAUCGGCGUCACAUGGCAGCAAGUGCGGGUUGGAGGCCUGAAAGCACGAUUACUCCAUCACUCUUCCUCACUUCCAAAUAUGUAAAGGAAUGGGAAGAAAAAAUUGGAGUCCGUCGAAAUGAUGUGAAGGAUAAGACUGAGGAGUUAGUGCACCCAUGUAGUGAGCGUCACACUGCAGCAGAUGAUGUGAGAGGCGCAAAAACAUGGAGUGGGUGCGAUGAAACUGGCCUUUUUGGAAUGGCAUGCCGACAUGACCAUGUUUUGAAAUUCAUUAAUAUUGUACAAAGUGGUGAACGUGGUCAUUUCCCUGUUGCCACAAUCAAUUGGAUGUUUGAACAACUUGAAGAAGCCGAAGGUGACCAGCAAAAAUUGGCUAUUCUUUACGAUAUAGGAUGUAAUUUGACAAAGGCAUUAAGGAAGAGAAGGGCAGGUGAAUUAAAGAUAGGUACUGGGGCAUGGCAUUCUUAUGCUCAUGAAAGAUCCUGUCAGAUCUUGUACAACCCUCGAUUGAAUGAAGACUGGGGAAUGUCGGAUGGUGAGGGUUUGGAGAGGAUAUGGUCUGCUUUCUCUGAUCUUGUAGCUGCUCUUAGAUAUUCGACAAAAGAGCAUCGACUAUGCUGCUUGAAUCUCAAAGGACUCUAUCAUAAUGAGGGAUUGCGAACUAAAGCUGUUGAUUCCAUGAUUAGACGUCUCAAAGAAAUGGAAAAAUUAAACCAAUCGAGCAAGGCGACUCUUCAAAGGUUGUACAUAGAUCCUCAGUAUACACAAGAUUACUUUUUAGCUCAAUGGGAACGUCAAAGAAAAUGUCAGCUAGAAGUCAUAGUAAACGAAGGAAUUGGAGAUCUGACGAACAAACUUGCUCACCUGAUUUCCAUUGAGGAAUCACUUCAAGAAGCCCAACGAAUCAGGAGGCGAAAUCGAACUGAAGCUGAGGACGAGGAAAUUGUACAGCUUCCAGAUACAAUGGUCCAGUUAGAAGAGGAGAUCGGUCUACUCGCUGAUGAGCUUGGUGGUGAACAGUUCCGAAAUGUACCUGGUGCUUCAAGUGAGUUGGGAUAUGCCAUAUUUAAACUAUGGAUCAUGGCAAAUACAUUGAGACAAUAA